GGCCAAUCGCAGCCGCUGCCGAGGUUACAGAUUGACAAUCUCCGUGGAGCUGCAGGGAGAGCAAGGCCCUUCUGGAAAAUUCUGCACCCAUCUCUGUUUUCAUCCCUGCCAUCCAAAAAUUUUGAAAGGCCCUGGCUGAGGAAUUUGUCUUGUAUGCUCUGUGCGUUAAGACGAGUUUGGCUGAGGAGGAGAUCAAACAGGAGUCUGAUGUUGGGGAGGCGAUGGACAUCUCCACGCGGUCCAAAGUUUCAGAUCCUGGAUCAGCAGAACGGGCAGCUCAGAAACGAAAGCUGCCCAGCCCCCCUCACUCCUCUAAUGGACACUCUCCCUCAGAAACCUCUCCCAGCCCCAUCAAAAAGAAGAAGAAACCGGGCCUGGUUAACAGUAGUAAAGAACAGUCAGAACUAAGACAUGGUCCCUUUUACUAUGUGAAGCAGCCACUCACAGACCCUGUUGAUGUUAUGCCGCAGGACGGACGGAAUGACUUCUAUUGCUGGGUGUGCCACCGCGAGGGCCAGGUUCUCUGCUGUGAGCUGUGCCCUCGGGUGUACCACGCAAAGUGCCUAAAACUGGCAGCCGAGCCUGAGGGGGACUGGUUCUGUCCCGAGUGUGAGAAAAUAACAGUGGCGGAGUGCAUUGAAACUCAGAGUAAAGCAAUGACAAUGCUAACAUUAGACCAGCUGUCUUUUCUGCUAAAGUUUGCACUUCAGAAGAUGAAACAGCCAGGGACAGAACCAUUUCAGAAGCCAGUGUCUCUGGAACAGCAUCCAGAUUAUGCAGAAUACAUAUUUCACCCCAUGGACCUCUGUACGUUAGAAAAGAACAUUAAAAAGAAAAUGUACGGAUGCACCGAGGCAUUCCUGGCUGAUGUGAAAUGGAUCCUGCACAACUGUAUCAUUUAUAAUGGAGGUAAUCACAAGCUGACAGCAACAGCUAAAGUCAUCAUUAAAAUAUGUGAGCAUGAAAUGAAUGAAAUCGAAGUUUGUCCAGAGUGCUAUCUGUCAGCUUGCCAAAAGAGAGACAACUGGUUUUGUGAACCAUGUAGUAACCCCCACCCUCUCGUGUGGGCCAAGCUGAAGGGCUUCCCUUUCUGGCCAGCCAAGGCCCUCCGGGACAAAGAUGGGCAGGUGGACGCCAGAUUUUUUGGGCAGCAUGACAGAGCUUGGGUCCCUCUGAACAACUGCUACCUCAUGUCUAAAGAGAUUCCUUUUUCUGUGAAAAAGACCAAGAGCAUCUUCAACAGUGCCAUGCAAGAGAUGGAGAUCUAUGUGGAAAACAGCCGCAAGAAGUUUGGGGUAUUCAACUACGCCCCCUUCAGGACGCCCUACACCCCUGACAACCAGUUCCAGAUGCUGCUGGACCCGUCCAACCCGGCCGCGGGCUCAGUCCGACCCGACAAGCAGGAGAAGAUCAAGUUAAGUUUCGACAUGUCUGCCUCUCCCAAGAUCCUCCUGGGAAAGGGUGUGCUCUCGGGUGGCGGGGGGCGGAGGAUCUCCCUGACGGACAUGCCACGAUCUCCGAUGAGCACCAACUCGUCCGUCCACACAGGCUCUGACGUGGAGCCAGACGCCACAGAGAAGGGCACCAAAGCUCCGCCCAGCCACCUCAGCGCGGGGGAAGAGUCCAUGGACUGUGCAGCGUCUCCUGCACCUGCCAAAAGCGGGACUGCAGGCAGUGUGACGGACAGCCCCAAGACCUUCUCCCCUCAGGCCCCCACACCGAUCGUCCCCAAGCAGGAGAGGACCUCCACCGGGAGCAUCCUCAACCUCAACCUAGACCGUAGCAAGGCAGAGAUGGACCUGAAGGAGCUGAGUGAGAGCGUGCAGCAACAGUCAGCAUCAGCACUGCUCACCUCCCCCAAGAGACAGAUCAGGAGCCGCUUCCAGCUCAACUUGGACAAGACCAUCGAGAGCUGCAAGGCCCAGCUGGGGAUUGAAGAAAUCUCAGAAGACGUGUACAAGGGCGUAGAGCACAGCGACUCGGAGGACUCAGACAAGUCGGACUCCAGCGACAGCGAGUACGCCAGCGAGGACGACCAGAGGCCGAAGAGAGGCCAGAGCGAGACAGAGGACAAAGACAAGCCUGAGAGGGACUCUAAGAAGAGGCCCAGAGCGCCCUCUAGAGAUGAGGACAAGGAGAGCGGCGCAGAGGCGGCAGCGGAGACGGCGGCUCCGCCUGCCGAGAAGAGGACGGCGGAAUCUCCGGCGAAGGAGAAGCCGAGUGGUGACGGCGACAAAGAAGCCGCGGAGCCGGCCAGGGUGCCGCAGGGGACCACCGCGAAGGACACACCCCAGCCGAAGGAGGACAGCCCAGCGGCCCCGCCCGAGGAUCUAGACAUGGACUCAGACUCUGAGCGAAAGCUGGUCAUCGACUUCGAGGGGGACCAGGCGAACCAGGACCGCAAGAAGAGCAAGAAGGAGCCCGCAGGGGGGAGCGAGCCCAAAGAGCCCACAGCAACCAAGCAGGAGGCAGGUAAAGCCCCUGCAGCCUCCGGCGUAGCGGCUCAGCCCGUGAUCGACACAGCCUCCUCCACCCCCAGCGUGAAAGACUCCACCCAGGCCCCCAUCACCAUCCCCCUCAACAUGGUCUCCUUCACCGCCUCCGCUCUCUUGCCCAACGCCACCACCACCGUGAAGAAACAGCGCCCCCUGCUGCCCCGGGAGACCGCCCCGGUGGUGCAGCGCGCCGUCGUGUGGAACCCGACCACCAAGUUCCAGACGUCCUCACAGAAGUGGCACAUGCAGAAGGUGCAGAGGCAGCAGCAGAGCCAGCAGCCGGCUGCGCAGACGCAGGCGCAGAUGCAGGGCGGCUCUCAGCAGCAGGCGCAGCCCCAGUCGCAGUCGCCCUCGUCUGCGACGCAGCAGCCGUCCCCCAGCAUGCGCUACCAAACACGGCAGGCGGUGAAAGCUGUUCAACAGAAGGACGUUCCUCAGGCCACGCCCACUUCUGCCGUGACCCUGGUGACAGCCGCACCGACCGUGUCCAUGAUCGCCACCCCUGGGACGGUCAACGCCCCCUCGUCCUCUGGGGCUGGAGACUUCCAGAUCGCCACUGCCUCGGCCGACGUCGCAGCAGACAUAGCCAAGUACACCAGCAAAAUAAUGGACACCAUCAAAGGGACUAUGACUGAGAUAUACAACGACCUCUCUAAAAGUACAUCUGGAAACACAGUGGCAGAGAUUCGACGGCUGAGAAUUGAAAUUGAAAAAUUACAGUGGUUACAUCAGCAGGAGUUGUCAGAAAUGAAGCACAACCUAGAGCUCACCAUGGCGGAGAUGAGGCAGAGCCUGGAGCAGGAGAGGGAGCGUCUGGUCGCUGAAGUGAAGAAGCAGAUGGAGCUGGAGAGACAGCAGGCUGUGGAUGAGACUAAGAAGAAGCAAUGGUGUGCUAACUGCAGGAAGGAGGCCAUCUUCUACUGCUGCUGGAACACCAGCUACUGCGACUACCCCUGCCAGCAGGCCCACUGGCCAGAGCACAUGAAGUCCUGCACACAGUCAGCCACUGCAUCCCAGCAGGAGUCUGAGACGGAGGCAGCCAUGGACGCGGUGAGCAAAAGCUCCGCUCAGCCUGCCAGCGGCCAGUCUUCCCCAUCAGAGGCCGCCACAGCGCCACCGGACACCGACUGCGGCGUGGACAAAAGCAAGGACGGCACCGGCGUCAGUGUGUCGUAACCUCAGCGACGGAGCGCUGAACCUCUCCCACAGACUCCUCCUCCUCCCUGUCGUAAGGACAGGCUUUUUAAAAGAGCUCUGGUUUAUUAAAAUUCCAGAAAUCACCACCAGAGAAUUGCUCCUCGCUCGGCCUGGGGCUUCUGCCCGUCCACCCCUCCCAAGCUCACCCCACAGUCCGCCACAAUCACACAAACAUGUUCAGAGGGUUCUGAUUAGCUAGCAGAGGAAGAGCCUUUGCCUGCCUGUUACAUCUGACCUAACGGUUAGGACACUCCCUGAGGCAGCAAUUUCAGGUCUGUCCUAUUCCCCUGGGCCCUGUGGAUCCUUCCCUGUUCUAGACACUCCAGGAACAGGAUUCUGUAUUCCGUAGAGGGUCCCGGGGGAGAAGCUUUCCCAAUGUCUGUUCUAGAAAGGAAUGAACAUGCAGAGGGGGACCUGUGACAUUUGUACAUCUGUAUGCCAGUACAUCAAUACAUCAGUACAUCUGUACAGUAUAGUCAGAGCAAAGCGUGGAGGUUCACUUUCUUCACUCUUUGGCCUGUUUCAUGUGAGCUCUGGAGCUCAUUUUCCUCAUGUCCUGCCAGAGAACUGCUGUCUUACUGCCUCUCAAGUCAGGGCCUAUAUAACUGUAUGAACAGGCACUACCAUCAUUUUUUUUUUUUAGAGAUUUCAUAUUCUCACCCCCC